UAAUAAUAAUAAUAAUAAUUGUACCGUAAAAAAUUAGGCCACGUGAAAUGGGACGGAGGGAGUAGAAUAUAGCUUUACGACAUGAAGACAAAACUCUCGGCUCGAUCUUCCCCUGCUACAAGUAUCACAUGCAACCCAAUUUCCAUUUACCAAAAUCAAGAAAAUAUGAAUACCAAAACAACAUUAAUUACUAUUUGUGUGGUGAUCACAAUCUCUUCUCGCCUAAGAGGGGCCGCCACAAACACCUCCGUCGUCGUAGACCUCGACGGCAAUCAACUCCAAGCCAACACCAAAUACUACAUCCUCCCCACGCGCCACGGCGGCGGCGGUCUCGCCCUCUCCAUCAGGGACCGCCGCGACCCCUGCCCCCCCAACGUCAUGCAGGAGACCGACGGAGCUUCCGUCGGGCUCUCCUUAAAGAUAUUUCCGGCCGACGGGAAAGCGGAGAUCGAUUUGCAGAGUGAUUUGAACUUGGCGUUCAUGGCGGCCACCAUCUGCGUGCAGCGGACCGUGUGGCGGCUCGGGGAGUCCGACUGGAGCACGGGGCGGCGCUACGUGAGGAGCGACGGCGUGGUGGGGCGGCCCGGGGCGGAGACGGUCAGGAACUGGUUCAAGAUCGAGGGAUCCGGGCAGGGCUACAAGAUCGUGUACUGCCCGAGCGUGUGCAGCGCGUGUAGAGUUGAGUGUGGGGUAGUGGGAGUGUACGUGGAGAAUGGAAGGAGGUGGCUUGCUUUGGGUGGUCAACCCCUUUUUAUUGCUUUCAAGAAAGGCAACCACUCGAGCUGGAAUUAGAGUUGAGUUAAACUUGAAUUCAGAAUUUCCAAUAAUUUGAAUUGAAUGGCAAAAAUCGUGUAACAUUGUUAUAGCUAGAGCUCCGUUGGGGGCCGUGCUCUAAGAGCAUCCACAACAGAUCUCUCAAAAUUUUACUCUUAAAAAUAUUCUUAAAGUCUUCUCUAA